AUGAGAGGCGGAAAUGUUGAUGCGCAUUUAUCCGAGCAACGACAACAUUUUUCGGAACGUGUUGCAAAUGUUAAACCAAGCGUUUGGGUUGAAUUCACAGGUUUAGCUGCAGAAUGUAAAGCAGUCAAUAUUGGACAGGGUUUUCCAGAUACUCCUAUGCCAGCAUUUGUAGCUAGAAUGUUGGAAGAUGUUGCCAAACAUCCAGAAAGAACUGAUUGGCAUCAGUAUAGUCGAGGCUUUGGUCAUCCAAGGCUAACAAAUGCUCUAUCAAGACUUUACUCAAGCACACUGGGUGUGAAUGUUGAUGCACAGCAAAAUGUUUUAGUAACAGUUGGAGCAUAUCUUUCGCUCUAUUAUUCUUUCAUGGGUUGGCUAAAUGAUGGUGAUGAAGUAAUCGUGCUUGAUCCAGCAUUUGAUUGUUAUGUCCCCCAAAUCCGUAUGGCAGGUGGUAUACCCGUACCAGUUGUGCUUAAUUUGCCAUCGGACCCCCAGAGUAGUAAGGAUUAUAUGUUAAAUGUGAAAGCGAUUGAAGAAAAAAUCAACAAGCGGACGAAAAUGAUUGUCCUUAAUAAUCCACACAAUCCGACGGGAAAAUUAUUCACACAAGAAGAGCUGGAGAAGAUAGCUGGCAUUGUUGUUCGUUACAAUUUAUUGGUAAUAGCUGAUGAAGUAUAUGAAUGGCAUGUAUAUGGUGAUAAGAAGAUGGUUCGUUUCGCCAGUUUACCUGAUAUGUAUAGACGUACGAUAACUAUCGGUAGCGCUGGAAAAGCAUUUAGUGUAACAGGAUGGAAAUUAGGUUGGUCAAUUGCACCAGCUGAACUUCUCGAACCAUUAAGACGAAUCCAUCAAAACUGUGUUUUUACAUGUCCUACACCAAUCCAGCAAGCGGUUGCUGAAGCAUUUGAGAAGGAGUUAGAUAUAAUAGAAUCUAACCCAACAGAAAGCUAUCUAAAGAAAGGAAUAGCGUCUGAGCUGAUUCAACAAAGAGAUCGAAUGGCAUCAAUACUGCGCUCUGCCGGAAUGAAACCCAUUAUUCCCGAUUCCGGUUACUUCAUGGUUGCUGAUUUUUCGCAUUUAGAUGGCCCGUUCAAAGUAUUAGAUGGAAAUAAUGAUCCACUGGAUUUCCGUUUUGUGCGAUGGAUGUGUCGUGAAAAGAAGCUUGCAAUGAUACCAAAUUCGGCUUUUUAUACCGGUCCAAAUAAGCAUGGUAACGAUCAUUUCAUUCGUGUUUGCUUUUUCAAGUCAGAUAAAGUAUUGGAUGCUGCAGAAUCGAUAUUGAAAUCAUUUCAAAUGGCUUAG